AGAAAAGAAAAAAGGGGGCAGGGCUUUGCCAGAAAAGGAGGGAAGAGAACAGUCGGGCCACGUGAGAUGGCCCCAUGCAACGUGAUCGGGCUACGACGUAUUCAUCAUGGACCCAACGCCAGUUCUAGUUUCAUUUCAGUCGUACUUGGUGUGUUGACCUGUGUGUUUCGCGCUAACGUCAGAUAAACCAAAACUUGGCUUCCAUAUCUACAAGAAAAACAACGUCUGAAAAACAUUUGCUUCUCGCUGAUGGAAUUUUCGCUGUUGUGAAUUUCAAUUCCAAAUCCAUGUGAAAAGAAAUUGAGUUUCCAGCAUUCAACGAUUUCUCAGGUAAUAUUAAGAAUUUCAGAGAAUGUGCCCUGCCACCCUGUCAAGAUAAUACCCCCAAAACAAACGAUAUAAUUUCCAUGCAAGAGAAGGUAUUCGCAGCACAAUACGCUUUUAGUUGUACCUUGGUCCGGCGAUAGCAGAGUCUUUCCCCAGAAGAAGCACUGACAGCUACAGUCUGUCGCAACAUGUCGGAGAACGAUGGCAGUAGCAAAUCAUCUUCAGGACCGUCGAGCGGCUCGUCGCGAAUGGAUUCAACUGGUUCGGCAGCCGGCUCAUCGGGUUGCACCUCGCACUCGAUUGGAGGUCCUUCAUCCCAUGCAGAAUCUGAUUCUUUCCAACAUUCCCACGUAUCCUCGUUAAAAGGAACUUCAAACUGCAACAUAUCUGCUACCUCAGAUUCGGCCUACGGUGGUUCCAUAUCUAACAGCCAAUCGCAGAGAAGUGGUAGUGGUAGCGGAAGUCGUAGCAGUAAAUCCCAGAUCAGCUCCAACUCAUCCAACAAUGCCGGAGCCCAGCAACAGCCAAAAUUGCGUAAGGAGAAAGAUCCCAAGAAACGUAAGUCAAACAAGAUAUCCAUGCCACCAGUGCAGUCCCCUGGUCUUGUCGUGGACCGUCCAGCAUCAGCUGGAUCCAACAAAGGAGCUUCGGCUUCGGUGGCAGCUGUCAUCUCAGCUACAUCGUUGGCUAUGGCCAAUGUUUUUACCGUUGAGGGAGGCAAUCUGUCAGCAACGACUGGGCCAAGCUCAGCUGAUGCAGUCGGAUUCUCAGGUGGCAAUGGAACAUCUGUAAACGGCAAUUCCGGAGUUGCAGUAACAAAUAGCCGUAAUCCACGGUCAAAGACGAGUAGGUCGGCUAAUGGGAUUCGAGGUUUUACCGAAUCAAGAGCAGUUCAAGCUGCCGCUCUAAGUAGAGCGCUGGACUGUCUCAAAGGCACAGGGUUAGGUCCAAGCAAAGAAUCACUCAGCUCCAAGUGUGGAAAGGAGGACGCAACUACUUCGUCGUGGCGGUCGAUCCUCAUCGAUCCAUUGGAGACAAGUUUAAAGAAAACAUUUGCCCAUUUGGAGGAAGUUCCAACUGUUAAAUCAAAGGAAGCUUUUAUUGCAGCCAUCAGCUUACAGGAUGGCAUCGUAGUGUAUGUCACACCUUCCCUAACGGAGAAGCUUGGUUAUCCGGUUGAGAUGUGGUGCGGUCGUUCACUUCUGGAUUUCAUCCAUCCCAAAGACCGACUAGCCUUCACUAACCAGAUUACUUCAAAACUAUUGGCCAGUCUUGACAAAGAUGAUUCUUCGUCAGGUUAUUCAUUCAGUUCAGAUGAAGCACUUUUCCCACGUUGCAGUAUGAUUGGAAGUUCGUCUUCGCCGCCAAACAUGCUGUGCUGUCGACUUCGAAUGUACCGUGGUUUGCGCACGUCCGGCUUCGGUAUUGUUGACAAGAAAACGUCGUACCUGCCUUUUAAGAUUGUUUUGAACUUGGAGAAAAUUCAGCUGCCUCGCGAACCCGUUGAAAGUUGCCAAAAGGAAACGGAAACAACAGCUGAUGGCUCAAUUUCCAAGGAUCCUGAAGAAGACGAUAAAGACUCAGCAGACUACUAUUUACUGGCUUAUGCAGUUCCAAUAUCAACAGCUUACAAAAAUCCAGAUGAAAAGAAUUCAACAGGCGAGUUUGGCCUACGCCAUUCGGCGAGCUGUUUAUUCAGUGAGGUGGACAUGAGUUCAGUGCCCUACUUGGGACAUCUACCCCAAGAUCUUCUGGGUACUUCAGCCCUGGAUUUUUAUCACCCUAAUGAUCUGCCAGAGUUGAAGAAGAUUUACGAUUCGGUUAUCGGUCGCCAAGGAAAAUCACUCCGAUCUAAACCCUACAACUUCAGAGCUUUUAACGGUUGCUAUGUCCUUUUGCAAACGGAUUGGACUUGUUUCGUCAACCCGUGGACCAAAAAAUUAGAAUUUGUUGCCGGUCACCAUCGAGUACUUAAAGGGCCAUCCAAUCCUGACGUAUUUGCUAGUCCACCAGAAGGAACAGUCCCCUUCGUCGAUGCAGAUCCUGCAGCAGCGGAAAAUACCAAAAAACUUCACGCCGAAAUCUGCACAAUUUUAACUGGGUCGGCCAAGCCUCCUCAGAGUACACGUACAUCCAACAAUAGAGCGGAUACAGCGUUGCUGGAGACUGCAACACGUCGUAGGAAAAAUCUGGCCACGUUAAUGGGUUCCUUGAUAGAUGAAGUGGCCAAAGCAAGGGGCAGCAACUCCUGCGGCAAUUCGUGUUCCAGCAGUACUUACGCAAGAUGUAAAACGCAGUUGCAUAGUCCAGCUGAAGAAGGGUCGCUGCUAGGUGACGCUUCGGUAGUCAUGGGAGACAUAUCGACACACGGAGGUUCAGCACUCGAUUCCAACAGCGCCGACACGCCACUUUCUUAUUCCCUGUUAAACUACAAUCAAAAUCUGGAGCGGUAUUUUCAAAGCCAGCCUAAAAUGAUGCCUUCAGAUGGCUCAGGAGAAAGCAUUGGAUCGGGAUCGGCCGAUUCUAAACCAGGGAAAAAUCAAACCCCAAACAUGAGCUCAGAAGAAGAAGGGGGUUGUCUUGGUACCGAUGACACUUUUUCAGGAACGUUGCCUAGCACUGACAGCCAAAAGCUGAGCAGUUCCAAUAGCAACAGCAUUAGCCACAGUCGCAGCACUGACAGCCAGAAUGGUAUGCCCUACGAACCUGGAUUUAAGGGCUUACCUUUAACCAAAGAAGCAAUGGCAAGACACAACGAAGAAAUGGAAAAAGAGUUUAUGCAACAGCAUAGAGAUCUUCGAAAUCGUAGCACACCUGGCCACAGAUCUGCAAAAAUACCUAGCAGGAGAGAUGUACACGGUGUCAAACGCGGACAGGCUGCAUCUUGGGAAGAAGGUGGCACUGGCGGAAGACACAAGCACCCGCAUAUGGAUACAUUUUGCGCAACACCUCAUUGCUAUCAGAGCCAGUUGACAGGAGCAGCAUCCGGCCCAUUCAAUGACUGGGCAUCAUUAACAAGUCCUUCCCUAAUUCCUUCAAAUCUACUUCCACCGUUUUCCGUAAGUUCAACGGCACCCAAUCAACAGUCUGCUCUCUUCAGCAUUCCGAUGACAAGUCGAGGGGAAGUUACCAAUUCGCUUCCAGCGUUUUACCUAGCGACUUCCGCAGGGACAACGAAUGCUGCCGUACGACCCAGCAAUAGCAUGACGAUGGGAGCCUCACCCUACAUGGUUCAAACUCAACAUCACCACCAAUCUCUCGGUCCAGCUUUUUCUCUUCAGCCUUAUGCUGCUUACCCUCAUGGUGUUAUCUACCAGCCUGUUAUGGUCCCUCCAAUGCUAUUUCAGCCCAAUUUGGGCAUGAUGAUGUCCGCCACACCUUCCGUGGCGCAGCCACAAUCGGCUUCACGUCACCGACCCAUUCUUCAUCACAAUUACCAAAAUGAGAACCUUCAUCGUCAACCACAACCUUACCACUUAUCCGUCGCACAUGGAGAUAAUUCCGGAGCUGGCCCAAGCUACCGGGAGGAUGGGUCUGCCAAUGCCAGUGAACAGAGUUCUUCAGUAGGAGCAUACCGCCAACAAUUAAGCUCGUUUAGGGAACCGUCGGGUUCCAGACAACAGGGAGCAGAACAGUAUGGUUCGAGUCAAGCCCAAAAUCAGGGUCCAAUAAGCCAACAACGAUUAGCGUGCAAGAGAAUCCCGCCAUGGAUGGAAGCUGUUUCCGUUUCAAAUGAACUCGUCUACCAAUAUCAGGUUCCCGGUCGGAAUUCAACAGAUGUGUUAGAGGCGGAUCGUGAGAGGUUACGGGUACUCCAACAGCCCGUCAUGCUUAAUCAUCAGCUGAUGCAACUCUAUACAGAAAUGGAAGCCGAGCAACGUAGCGGCAUCGAUUUGACGCUCGAGGACAGUGAAAACAGCUUCUCGUCAAGAGAUACAGACGAAACAAAUCACAGAAGACGUGAGCUACGUCGACGAAGUAACGAAUUCAGACGGACCAUGCUCUAUGAAGAGAAUGCUCCAUUCCCGCACCCUGAAUCGUCGUCAACAGAUGGAUGACAAACUCGACUUUGUGAAUGUGGUGGUUUGUUUUUACCUUCCAAUGUUAUAUGGACUCGUUAUAAUUGAUUCCUAAGCGUCGCAGUUCAAAUGUUCCUCGCGUAUUCUAUAACUGCAUUUCCUUAAAGCUGACGUUAUAUUAUUGGCAUAAAAACCUACACGCAUCAAAUCGUUUUUUUUACAGUGUUAUGAUAGAACGUGUUGUUUCUUUUUCCUCUGUACUGCACGGCGAAAUGUAUCAAUACAGAAAAUUUACGCUUA